GCAGUUGACCGGUGUGUGAAGCGGAGGGGAAACGAACAUUUUUAGAGGUCCGUCAUCGAUGCAACAAUUUGUUCCCGUCUCGGUUCUCUGGGAAUUACUGGACACAUCUGACUGAUUUAGGUCUGGGACGCGAAUAGAAGAGGUGAGAAGAAGAUGGGGUGUACUCUGAGCACGGACGACAAGGUGGCGCAGGAACGGAGCAAGAUGAUCGACAGAAACCUCCGGGACGACGGAGAGAAAGCCGCCCGGGAGGUCAAGCUGCUCCUGCUCGGUGCUGGAGAGUCUGGGAAAAGCACAAUUGUCAAACAGAUGAAGAUCAUCCAUGAAGCUGGCUACUCAGAGGAGGAGUGUAAGCAGUACAAGGCCGUGGUCUUUAGCAAUACUAUCCAGUCCAUGAUGGCCAUCAUCAGAGCUAUGGGACGCCUGAAGAUCGAGUUUGCAGAGUCAUCCAGAGCCGAUGAUGCCCGGCAGCUCUUUGCCCUUGCCAGUACUGCAGAAGAGGGCGUCAUGACACCUGAGCUGUCUGAAGCUAUCCAGCGGCUCUGGACGGAUGGAGGCAUUCAGGAAUGCUUCAGCCGUUCCCGGGAAUACCAGCUCAACGACUCUGCAGCAUACUACUUAAAUGAUCUGGAAAGGUUAUCUGCCCAUUCUUACGUCCCAACCCAGCAGGAUGUGCUCAGGACCAGAGUCAAAACCACUGGUAUCGUGGAAACCCACUUUACCUUUAAGGACCUGCACUUCAAGAUGUUUGAUGUUGGUGGACAGAGGUCGGAGAGGAAGAAGUGGAUUCAUUGUUUCGAGGGAGUCACUGCCAUCAUCUUCUGCGUGGCUCUGAGCGACUACGACCUGAUGCUGGCUGAAGAUGAGGAGAUGAAUCGGAUGCACGAGAGCAUGAAGCUGUUUGACUCCAUCUGCAACAACAAGUGGUUCACGGAGACCUCCAUCAUCCUCUUCCUCAACAAGAAAGAUCUGUUUGAGGACAAGAUCUCCAAGAGUCCUCUGACCAUCUGCUUCCCAGACUAUGAAGGUCCCAACACCUACGAGGAUGGUGCAACCUACAUCCAGUUCCGUUUCGAGGACCUAAACAAGAAGAGGGACGUAAAGGAGGUCUACACCCAUUUCACCUGCGCCACCGACACCAAGAACGUGCAGUUUGUGUUCGACGCUGUCACAGACGUCAUCAUCAAGACCAACCUGAAGGACUGCGGCCUUUUCUGAAGGCAGCCAGACGGUCAGCCCGCCAAGUGACUUUAUUCAACCCGAAGUCGGCGUGGUGGACGAACCUUGAUAAGAAAGUCACUUUUAACCUCUUAUUAACUUAAGUUCAUCUCUAAAAGUUUUAAAGAUGGCGUGUAGAGAACAUCUUUUCUGUAAAAUAUUUGUACAACAGUCUAUGGCCAUGGAUUUGUAGAAGUUUUAAUAUGUGUUUUACUUAUUAUUUUUAUAAAGAAGGGGAGUUAUUUGUCAGAUUGGGGGUCCAUAAACAAACUUUGUUGUUUUGUGUAUGUGUGUGUGUGUUUUUUUUUUUUUUUAGUUAACGUAGUUUUUACCAUUUAUCUCUGAUUCUGUGGUCAUUUACAGCCACUGUCUUGCAUAAUUUUCAACUCCCCAUACAAAAACUCUGCAGACCAGUUCACUCUGAUGCUGAAAAACUGUGAGAGGUGUGUGUGUGUGUGUGUGUGUGUGUGUGUGUGUGUGUGUGUGUGUGUGUGUGUGUGUGUGUGUGAGAGAGAGAGAGAGCCUUGUUUGGACUCAAGCCAGAUUCCUGUUUGAGUGACUGCCUCUGUGUGUGUGAGUGAAUGUGUGCACAAUAUUAACAAAGGGACUUUUAUUCCUCUACUUGUCAUCCUCUUUCAAAGUUGUAUUUUUCUAAGCGACCAAAAAAGAAGCUACUCUCUCCCUAAUUAGUCCACGCUGUUGAUGUGCUCCUGCAAACAUUCCUGAUCAAUCAAGAGGGAAAGAGGAUGGUUAAGGUGGCCUUGUAGCAGAUCUAAGAUCAAUUGUAGAUCUUUGUUCAGUGCUUAGAUAUAAAGACGGAAACCUGACUGGCUACAUAAUUAGAACAUGUGAUGGUUUCAAGUUGCAUAUCUUCCCCCGUGAACCCCACCCAGAUCUUUUGUUUCUGUUGGAUAUGGACAUUAGUGGACUAAUCUCUAUGAUUUUGCUAAUAAAAGAGCUGCAACAAA